UUUUUGUCACCAAGGAGAAGUGUGUAAGCUAUUGGUAAGGAAACAAAACACUUAGGAGAACUUUGUGAAUAGGCAUUUCUACCCACUGUCAUAUAGACAGAGCAGAGCAAUGAGCUGUCAAGAGUUUCAGGGCUGAAUGAAGGAAAAGACUUUCCAUGAUAUGGCACAAAGGAUGACAGAAAACUGCAGAGGGACGACAAUUUCUGUCCGACGGGCAACAGAUAACGAUAAUGGUUGUACAUAAUCUUAGGGAGCUGGAUUUGGAAGCUUGGAAGUAGUAUGUGACAGAAGAUUCUGGAAGGUGUAUGUGUAUAGCUCUUUCUCACUCUCUGGCUGCCCUUAAUUCUGGCAUCAUGUCAACUCAUCAGGGUGGCAGUGUCCGCAGCAUUAGACCAUUUAAAUCCAGUGAAGAAUACCUGUAUGCCAUGAAGGAAGACUUGGCGGAAUGGCUUAAGGACAUGUAUCACCUAGAAAUCAUUGUGGAUAAUUUUACCGAGAUCCUUGAAAACGGAUCAGUGCUCUGUCAGCAUGCCAACAAUGUAACAGAGGUGGCCCGUGAGUUCUCUGUACAAUACCCUCAACUGGCAGAGAAGCUACAGCUGCCUAAAUCAGGAGUGAAGCUCAAUAUGAUGGCUCAACCUGGGACCUUCCUGGCAAGAGAUAAUGUGUCCAAUUUCAUCCAAUGGUGUAGAAAGGAAAUGGAUAUUAAGGAUGUCUUAAUGUUUGAGACAGAGGAUCUGGUACUUCGGAAGAAUGAGAAGAACUUUGUUCUGUGUCUGCUAGAGCUGGCUAGAAGGGCUUCUCGUUUUGGCAUGAGUGCUCCCAUGCUAAUACAAAUGGAAGAGCAGAUAGAGGAAGAGAUCAGGGAAGAAAUGGACCUACCCCCACCGGAGAUCCCAGUUCCUAAGCCUCAAAGAAAACUCUGUGAUUUCAAAAACCUUGACCAAAUGGUUCAGCAUUUGGUGAGCAGAUGUACUUGUCCUGUACAGUUUUCCAUGAUCAAAGUCUCUGAAGGAAAGUACAAAGUUGGAGAAUCCAGCACACUCAUAUUUGUUAGGAUUCUCCGUAAGCAUGUGAUGGUAAGAGUCGGUGGAGGAUGGGACACACUAGAACAUUAUCUGGACAAGCAUGAUCCUUGUCGCUGCACAUCUCUUUCCCACAAGCCAGCUAUAAAACUGGGAAGUCUACAGAAGCAAGUUAGUGCUGUGCACGAGGUCAAGACUCGAUUAACACCAAGGUUAGACAACCCCAGCAAAGUGGAAACAACCCUGAUUGUGAGCAGGUCCCAGAGUCCUCUACCCCCAGUGGAAUGGAGAUCAUAUUCAUCUGGCAGAACCAGGACCACGUCAUCUUCUAACUCACUGGAUAAUAAUGAAAAUAGUCCAACUUUUAAGAUGUCACCUAGUGACAGGAGGAGCAUGUCAACCAGUUAUAGGGCACAUGAACGUUCAGCAACACCCUCUAGGAAGCUAUUCACAGAAGACAAUCCAGAACCCCAGCAGCUUGGUAACCCCCAGUCUGUCAAUUUUAGACACCACCAUUCUACAUCUUCUUUGGCAUCCCAGUUAACUGGAAGUGAAGAAGAAAACUCUUGUCUUUCAGAAGUUUUUUCUGAAUCUCAAAGCAGGAGACAAAUGGGAAGGACCACUGUUAUGAGUUUAAAAGAACCGGCAAUGAAGGAGGCUUUUCUUAGCCACACACAAAGUGCACAUAGAAAAGUGAUGUCAGCAACAGAGCAAAACAAUAUACAGCAAGGUUCAAGAAUUGUCAACCAAUCUAUCAAUUCCCAGGAUUCAAGACCAAAGACACCCUCACGUUUUAUCCGGCCACCCAGUCCCUCUAAGCAGAUCCAUUUUUUCCACAAUCAACAAAACAAAGGAGUGGAACAGAACCCCAAGACCCAGAUUAAUAGUUGCACAAGAUCCCCUUCUCCAGUAAAGCAGACAAGUCUAACAUAUAAGCAAGAGUUUACCAAAAGACCAGCUACACCAAGCAGAAUUAGUUCACAAUACAAGGAUGGUGACAAGUCUGCAGCUACUGAAAUAAUCCCUUCCCAAGAUCAUAUCAAAUCAAAACCAAGUGUUUCUAGUGAAGAAAGAACCAUUAGAACAGGCAGAUCAACACCAACAAUUCAUCUUAACAAAAAUGGAAUAACAUACAGAGAGGUUUCUAAUUUACCUCCGAGAAUGCAACCUAAACCAGAUGCUUUAGAGCUAUCACAUAGCAUAGAACGAGAUUGUAUGUACACUCCUUUACCUAUUGAUCCAGAACAAGAGAAGCAGAUAUACCGGAGCUUAGAGGAUGAAAUCUUAACAAAUAUUAAGGUCCUAGAGGGAGACUCAGAGGAAAAUCACCCAGAGAAUGAUUCCCAUGGCUUUAAUAUGCUUGAAAAAUCAACUCUACCUUUGAAUGCAAGCACUUUAAAGAAUCCUAGCGGACAAGGAAGUGUACCAAGAAGUGGGGUUUACAUAAACACAACGUGGCAGUCAGGAGCUUGCUAUGAUGAUGUAAUCACAGAACUCACCAAAGGCCAUGUUAAGCUCAACAGAGUUGAUGUAGAAAACUGGAUUUCCAAAAUACCUUCAAAAGGUAUGGUAAAAGAAGCAGAAGAAGCACAUACAUCUCAGAGAAACCAGGUACGGGAAAAUGGCCAUACAGGUGCAGUGUCACAAAGAACAAUUGUUAGAAAAAAAACACCAUCCACUGAAAUUAAAGGAAGCAAACCAAAGCAGUUGCCCUCUCAAAGAGCUAGGCAACUGGCACUGGAGAAUAAAAAGAAAACAGUGGACAAUGUAUCUGAAAACCAGGCUUCAACAUUCAGUGGAGACAGUGGAGAAACCGUACAGGAGAAAAUUAAGUUGUCACAAGGGUUAAAGCCUAAAAGAACCCUAAAGAAACCCGAAAGGGUGCCUUCCAUUUAUAAGCUCAAGCUUCGGCCAAAAAUACGUCCACGUAGGGACAACAGGCCAGAAAAAAAGCCAUCCAGGAUUCCAACACCAGUUUCCUACAGACAAAUGCCAAGUAGAAACAAUGGCAAAGCUGUAAAGAGGACACAAAGCUAUCAAGCGAAUAAAACAUCAGCACCACAGACAUUGAAUGAAUCACAGAGCUCAACAGUGAUCUUAGAAGACCUGGAUUCUGAUGAUAAAACCCUUGAGCACUCUGCACCUUCACAGGCUGUGGAAACACCAGUCACUAUUGGAAAUGACCAAAGUAAAACUGAGGAGGAGGAAGAGUCAUGGGUCUAGAUUACUGUAAUCCAUUCAGCUCUGAAUUUAGGCUCAGUCAAGGAUUUACUUUCAGCUAUUUUUAAACAAAGUUACAGGGACACAAGAUAGGACUCUACUUUUACCUCUAUCAUGGGUUACAGUUGGCAAUAACAGUUCUGAUGAAGAUAUUCAUGGUUGAGAAGAAAGUUCUUUUCUAUAAUGAUACUAAUUUGCCACUUUCAUUCCCAGGUCCUUGGGGAAACCUUGAAACUAUCAAGUGUUUUCCUUGAAAUUAAAUAAGUUAAAUGUGCUUAUGAUUCUAUUAUGUUGAAAUACAGAACAUACAUAAUAUUUCAACUUGAUGUUAUGUUGUUAACAUUGAUCUUAAAAAAAAGUGGAUGUUACAUACAGAGACUGAAAUUUACCAGUCUAACAGUUAGUGGGCAAUGUAAAAAAACACCCACAGUUUUCUGGUAACAGCAAGUAUGCCCUUGAUAUUUUCACUUUGAGGGUAAGUUAAAAAAUAUGCUAAAAAAUUUGACCAUUGAAAACAAACAUCAUGAUUGGUUGCUUUGAAUUACUAGUCCAGGUGG